AUGUCUGGAAAGUAUGUUGGAGUACAAGCUCGCAUACAAGAGUUAAAUUUGCUAGCCUUGUAUGUUCCCUGUGUUGGUCAUUCUCUAAAUUCGGUUGGAAAGAAUAGCGUUGAUGUAUGCAUUGAAGCUAUAAGUUUUUUUGGAUUAAUAGCUAAUCUUUACGCUUUCUUUGUGGCAUGUCCGCAUCGAUGGCAGAUUUUGUUGAACCAUUCUGAUUCGACUCUGAAAAGUUUGUCUAAAACUAGGUGGUCUUGCCGCGAUGAUGCAACUUCGGCUUUAUUUUUUAAUUAUUCACAGAUGUACGAUGCUCUGUCUGUUUUUGUUGAAAGUGACGAUGAAAAUGCCGAUACUAGAUUGGAUGCACGCAAUCUUAAAAAUCAAAUGGAGAAACUAGAAAUAGCUUUCAUGACUCAAUUUUGGCACGAAGUUCUUGAUCGUUUCAAUAAAACCAGCAAGUUUUUGCAGACGGUAGAGCUAAAUUUGGUUACUGGUGACAAAAUGUUACAAUCGUUAACCGAAUUUAUUAAUGAAAUGCGAAAUAAGUUCGAUGAAAUUCAAAAAAAUUCCACGAAGUUAGAAUGUUUUGUUAGUCAACAUUAUAGUGAUGAGAAUAAGCGUAUUAAAAGAAAAAAAUUUCCAAAUAGCAAUGUUGAAACUUCUCCAAGUUUGAAUGGCGAGGAAAAAUUUAAAAUUAAACUCUCAACAUGA